AUGUCCCAAGCGACGUCGGACGACGUCGGGCGACAUCGCGCGAGACACGUGAAUUUCGUGUCGAGCGACAGAGUCGCGCUACAAAUUAAAAAAGCGUUUACCAAAAAUGUGUUUGAACUCAGCAAGACUAUAGCCGUUGGAGAAGAAAACCAAACCUAUAAGCAAAGUAGUGAAGGGAAUAAAGAAGGAAUCAAAGAAAGUUUGGUUGUAGUAAACAGUAAAAUGUUCGGACAUUACGACAAUAUAAACGAUUCCAUAGAUACAUUCUUUGCUGCGUCGCACGUAUUUGAUUUGCCUUUAAAGGAAGUUCCUUUGAAUACUAGAAGGAAGUUGCUGAAAUAUGCGGGGCCGGUACAAGUAUUUGUACCCUGGAUUUCAAAGCCGGAAAACAUCAGCAACGAUACUUUUUGCAGGCCAACUCUUUCUUCGUGCUACCAUAAAUGUCCUUUUAAAUGUCCAGACACUUACGCCCCUGUCUGCGGUGUUCCUGGUGUGGUAGCUCGAGAGCCGUCGCUAAUGUUCCAGAACCAUUGCUUCAUGGACGUGGCACAGUGCAAGAUGUUCUGGGAAAAUAAGAGCAGUACCUCACAUAGCUCCUCUUACGUGGAAUCCUCGUUCCUAUUCUGUAUGGGUGACGAGAUGAACGCAGUGUAUCGCUUUAUGCCCGCAAUCAGGACUCUGCAGCACAUGGGCCGUUUGAAGAAAAAGGGGAAAUUCAGGGCCAUACUGAAGAACUUCAGAUUUGUUAGCGAGUUCCGAUAUGGCCGUCCCAAGUUUAUGGGAAGGAAAUAGUAAAAAAACUCUUGUGCUUUCUUGAACUCGAUA